UAAAACAAAUGUAAACAACAUGGACUUUGGAAUGAAAUAUUUUUAUUUGAAUGAAACCUAGAUUAAAAAUUUUACCCUGUAUAUUACAUACCUAUAUAAUUUUAGUAACUGCAAUGAAAGUACUUAAAGAAUGGACGAUCCCAUUGCCUUGGGGGAAAUUAGCGCUCGUAUCCUGGGGUGAUCCACGAGGUGAUCCAAUACUGCUAAUACACGGUCGUCAGGACAGUGUGGCCACCUACAUUCCAUUACUGGAACUGCUCCCGGAUAAAUAUUAUUAUGUUGGAUAUGACAUGCCCGGACAUGGAAAGUCAGAUGCUUUCCCGAUUGGCCUAAAAUUAUCUAGGCUUCAUUUCACGCCCGUUAUAGAAUACGUUGCUAAGCAUUUGGGUUGGACGACGUUUACAUGUAUGGCACAUUCUAUGGGCGGCGAACAAGCCAUGUUCUACAACGCAAUCAAUCCGGGCCAAAUAAAAAAACUGAUUCUCCUCGACGUGGGUCUUUCGUUGCAACGUUUACAAAUGGUGCCGAUGAAUGAAUAUUACAAAAGUUUUUAUGACGCUCACUACGUCGACUACCACAAACAGAUUACCGAGAGGAAAGCUUACAGCAAAGAGGAAGCUUUGAAAGCUGUCGUCAAAGCUAGAGGCGUUAAUAGAGAACAAGCUGAGAUAAUUCUAUCGAGGAACUUGAUUCAAAUCGGAGAUGACAGAUUUGUCUUAUCUUGGGACAACAGAUUGAAAUUACUAGCGCCCUCAAACUAUCCAAAAGAAUAUUACUAUGAAUUGUUCUCCAGAAACUCUCCUCCCACUUUAUUGCUCCAAGCCACCGAAGAAAGAAGGGGUUCAGAGGACAGAAUACAAGCCGUCAAGGAAAUCCUUACCAAAAUGGAGGAGAACUGUGGGAAUUUUCUUAUCGUGUCAGUGACGGGUGGACAUGACGUUCAUCUGACAAAUCCGGAGCGCUGCGCCAAACAUAUCUCCGAGUUUUUGGAUAAGGACUUCGGGAAAUCUAAACUGUGAAUGGAUAUAAAUAAAAUAAUAAACCUA